CAGAGCAAUGGCGGGAAAACGAGAUUGCGAGGCAGAGGCGUCGGAGGUCCGCACGAAUCGUCGGAGCCCCUAGCUCUGUGUAUCAGCUGUCAGCAGAAUGCAGAAUGCUUUGCGCAAGCUGUGGAACUAGCGUUAAGGCGUGCUUUAAUCCAUCUCCAGAAGCAUCUCCAGAGAUAUCUCCAGACAGCGGGUCCUGGCGCCUGCUCGGCAACUCCAUUAGUACCUAGGGAGGAACCCUGACCCAGUUAGAAGAUAGAUGAGACAGAAACAGCGAGUAGAAUCUUCUACUUCUCGAGAUGGAUAAGAGUCGUACGUAGCUCUAAUAGCGGAGAGGGAGCUCACAAAAGUGCAUGCCGAUUACCGAGCGUUUUGCAUCGAGAAGGGCGUAGCAGUCCCAGACGGCCUCGGAAAUCCACGAGCAGUAGCAGAUCAUGCGCAUACAGUGGCGCCAGGCUUCAACAGCGAGAUGGAAGCAUCAACAGCGGUAUAAUUUCGAUGUACUUUGUGUACUUCCUUGUACUUCCAAUACAACAUACAUACUCAACUUCAAAAUCGUCCACGGCCCAAGAAGCGCGAUGAAUCAAGUGAUCUUCAUCAAUCAUGUCAUCCACCUCACCUAGGCUCCUACAUCUUGGAGCAGCGAUCCUCGGAGACGUUCUAGCUGGAUGUCGGAGCGCGUUAGCGGAGAAAGUCGAGCCUCCUCAACUGGAGGACCGGGAUCGUAUUAUGCUGCACCCCCUGGUGACGGACGAGAAAGCAGAGUUACGGCUAUUUAGAACAAGCAAUAGCAUGAACCCGUCCAACCUCCAUGUGGGGUUAUUUAUCAUCUUCCGUCCCUAUCGCCUUACUGUUCUCGUGGGGCUGAGCAUCAGCACCAUCUUCAGGAUCUUCCCUCCUGCUCCUCGACUAACUACUACAGUAGUACAACUCUGGUGCUGUAGUGUACGCAGUGUCUAAAAAUAAAUAUUAUACUCGUAGAGUACUGUGGUGUAUAAUAGAGUGCUCUAGUUUUCGGGUCACUCCAAGAGUACCUCGUCACAAUUCCCUUGAGUCUAAUAGAAGUGUGCGGCCGCCGGGUGCGCCGGAGGACGAGGAGAUUCAAGCGUAUAUAGAGCAGCGGAACGAGGCGCGCAAAGCAGGUGACUUCACUCGUGCGGAUGAGAUUAGAGAUUACAUGAAGUCGGUCGGCGUCGUUUUGAUGGAUGACAAGAACGCGCGAGGGAACAAAAAGGGAGCUCAAGUCACAAAAUGGCGAUACUGGAACGCUUAGGUGAAAGUUGUUCCUUGGAUUGAAGAAGGAAAUCGAAUUCAUCGAACUUGUUUGAUGCAGCUGCAGCAGAAGUUGUGGAGUUUGUACUACUAGUAGUACUAGUAGUAAUAACUACUAGAGCAAAUUCAACGUGGAUAAAAACACUCAAUGUCCUGUAAGAAUAUUACUAAGAUCGUGACCGUCACCGUGGACCGUGCAGAGUACUACAAAGAAACUAUCAUGAUCCUCCUCCUACAACAUCAACACGUCCAUGGAAAAAUAAUCAACUACAUGAGCUUAAUGAACAUCUAGUAACAUUUUCUUUGGAACCACGUCGAAAUUGCAUGCACUUUUUCGAGUGCCAAACUACUACCUUUGCUAAUGCAGAAACCAGACCCGUAUCCCACAUGAUCAUAAGUGUAACUAAAAACAAAGUAUGUAAAUAUUCAUAUAAGUCUCUCUUCUACUAAAAGACCACGAGAGUGUCGAGCUCGGAGCUUGAAAAGCUAUGACUUCUGUUUAUCCACAUCAAUUGAUGUACUAUUGCUGCAUCAUCAACUCACAUCCGUACACCUACAUGUGCUACAACAUCAUACAUCAAGGACUUGUAAGAAAUAUGGAGAUACCUUCUUGCCCCACAUCUUCCCUGACCCUGUAGCAGAAUCCGAGCAGAACUUGCUCUAUUAUUAUUUGAUGGAAUCCACCGGAGAUGAAGGAAAAGGCGCAACAACUAUGCGUCAUAUAUUAAUUCGUCCUCAUAGGAGUGCAUGAUGAUGAAUAUUCAUCAAAGAAUCUAUUAUGACGCCCUCAAGGCAGUCUGCGUCGGAACUCGCUUGCAAAGUACGCAGGUAGGUUCUGACUUAUCGGAACUCGCUCGCACUAC